AUGUGGGUAUGCAACUUAUGCCGAAAGCAACAAGAGAUCCUAACAAAAUCUGGAGCGUGGUUUUUUGGAAGUGGCCCACAACAGCCGUCCAGUCAGGAUGGAACUCUGAGUGAUACAGCUACGGGAGGUGGUUCAGAGUCACCGAGGGAAAAGAAGGCAAGGCUGCAAGAACGAUCAAGAUCUCAAACACCCCUAAGCACAGCUGUCACUGCUGCUCCACAGGAUAUUUCCUCCAGUGUACAAACGGACAGAAGGAAAGGCACAGAGGUAUCGCAGCAAGCUAUGGGCCUGGAACAGAAGCAAACCUCAUCAAGAUCUCGAAGUGAACCCCCCAAAGAAAGGAAAAAGACAACCACCGGUUCUGAACAGAAUGGAAAAGGUGGUCUAAAAGGUGAGCGCAAACGUGUGCCCAAAUCCUCACUUCAGCAGGGUGAAGGACAAACAGAGGAGAGGGGAUCAAAAGAAAGACAUGAUGGUAGAAGAUUAGAGAAAGGGAGGUCUCAGGACUAUUCAGACUUUCCACCAGAUUUUGAGGAAGGCAAAGCGGUAGAUGAAGAAAAGCAAAAGAAAGAAGAUGAGUAUCACACUCGAUACAGGAGUGAUCCAAAUCUGGCAAGGUAUCCUGUAAAGCCCCAUCCUGAGGAACAACAGAUGCGCAUGCAUGCAAAGGUUUCAAAAGUGCGGCAUGAAAGAAGACACAGCGAUGUUGCCUUGCCUCAUACAGAAGUUGAGGAACCGGAGGUGCCCGAUAAUAAAAUAGGGAAGCACUCACCAUUGCAAGGAACUCAGGACAUAAAAUCUCACCCGGAUGCUCAGAGACCAUACACGAUAGAAAGAACAGGUGAUGUAAGAAUUUCCGUCUCUAAACAAUUAGGUAACCAUAGCCCACCAACUCCCAGGCAUAGUGUGGUUCCUACGGAGCACUUAGAAUCCAAAAACCACGAUUCCUUUAAAACACAGAGUCGCCUAGAUCCUAGCUCUGCUAUUCUCAAUCGGAAAGCAAAGCGGGAAAAAAUGGAGACCAUGCUAAGGAAUGAUUCCCUUAGUUCUGACCAGUCAGAAUCAGUGCGACCAUCUCCUCCAAAGCCUCAUAGAUCGAGACGAGGUGGAAAGAAAAGACAAAUGUCAGUCAGCAGCUCUGAGGAAGAAGGAGCAUCAACACCUGAAUAUACCAGUUGUGAUGAUGUGGAAAUAGAAAGUGAAAGUGUCAGUGAAAAAGGUAACUCAAUGGAGGAAAAA